AUGGCCGGCCACAAGAUGAAGGAACCCUCCAAAGGCGAUGUGACUCCAGUCUCAGCCAAAACUCACAAGCGCAAAAGAGAUCAGAAUCUCCCCCAGGCUGCCGCCACUCCCACACCGACCAAACAGCACAAGAAGCGCGAAAGCUUGUCAGCCGAACAGCCAACCCAGCACGAUGAUGAUAGCACUAGGAAGCGCAAGCGAGUCAAGGAUGCCCUCCAGCGUGAGGAUUCCCCACAAACGCCCAAGAAAGAAAGUGCUGUCCCGGACCGCAGCAAAGAGAGCACUACAGACUCGCGUCGCGACGUCGGUGAAACAGGCAAAAAGUCAAAGAGCAGCAAGAGAAAGAGCAUUGGCAAGAACGACACAAUGGAUGAUGAGUCUGCACCUGUAAUUGCAGGUAGCGAUGAUGAGAUAGAAGCCGAACCCAAAACAUCCAAGAACAAGCAUGCGGGUAUCUUGUCGAAGUUUGAGCGCACCAAAACUGUCGCCAGCUCCAAGGCCAAGCAUACAGAGCCUGAAAUCAUCCAGGAUGAAACGACUGCUGUGGAACCCGUCUUUGCAAAGGGCCUUGAGCCUUUGCCGCAGCCCGAGAAUCCGCCUGAGCUUGAACAACUCCCAACUUAUUCCUCUCUCCCCCCUUGGCUGGCAAACCCUCUACGAAAGUCCUCUGACGACAAAUCCGACUUUUCCCAAUUGGGAAUUAAACCAGAUCUUCUUAAAAUCCUCCAAGAAAACGAUUACAAGGAAGCAUUCGCUGUACAGUCUACGGUUAUUCCUCUGCUUCUUCAGGGUGAGCAGAAUCACCCUGGAGAUCUCUGCAUUUCCGCCGCUACUGGUUCUGGAAAAACACUCUCCUACGUCCUUCCACUGGUCACCGCUCUACCGUCGAGACCUGCCUCGAGACUAAGAGGUUUGAUUGUGGUUCCCACCCGAGAACUGGUGAAGCAAGCCCGCGAAGCUUGUGAACUUUGCGCUACUGGCUCACGACUUCAUAUCGGAAGCGCAGUGGGAAAUGUGGCCAUCAAAGAUGAACAGAAGCAAUUGAUGCGAGUUGACCAGGUUUACAACCCGGCCAUCCAGCAGCAACAACGAGAUGGACUGAUAGGAAAUGACUGGAUGAACCUGAACCUCGAGAACUGCGUCGGUGAAGCUGUCGAUUCCAGUGGCUCUCUUCCCGGCCACAUUCAAAGAUCAGAGCCCAACGUUGACGUUCUCAUAUGUACCCCUGGUCGCCUGGUUGACCAUAUUCGUUAUACGAAAGGAUUCACAUUAGAACAUCUUGAGUGGCUCAUCAUUGAUGAGGCGGAUCGUCUUUUGAACGAAAGUUUCCAAGAAUGGGUUGAUGUUAUCAUGCACUCGUUGGAUAGUCGACAGGCACCAGAAACCUUUGGUCCUGGCGGCAAACUUCUAUCAAAGCUUGGGCUUCCUAUUGAAGCCAAGCCGCCUAGAAAGGUGGUUUUGAGUGCAACCAUGACUCGCGAUAUCUCAAAGCUCAAUUCUUUGCGCCUUGCCAACCCGAAGAUGGUCAUCAUCGGAUCUGAAAAUGCUUCAAACGAUGAUGAUCCAUCCGCCACUCAUCCUGAUGCCCACUUUGCUUUGCCACCAACCUUGUCCGAGCAUAUCGUUCAAGUCGGCGAUGGAUCCCUCAAGCCACUUUAUCUGCUACGUCUUCUUCUGUCCCACAUCGAGCCUAGUGGAGACCAUGCUCCCAGCGUUUCUGAUUCAUCCGACUCUGAUAGCACCAGCUCCGAUGAAUCUAGCGACGAUGACACUAGCUCGGAUGAAUCUUCCGACGAUGACACCUCGUCUUCUGGAUCUGACUCGGACUCUGAUUCUGAUUCCGAUUCUGAUUCCGAUUCUUCGUCUGAUUCGUCGUCGGACUCUGAUUCUUCAGAUGAGUCUGAGUCCGAAGACUCAGAAUCAGAUGCUAUGGACCUUGUGCCUGAACCAGGGCGCAAGACUGUUUUGAUCUUCACAAAAUCAUCCGAGUCUGCCUCACGACUCUCACGCCUCAUCUCGCUCUUGCAUCCACCACUGGCCAAGCGUGUAGGGACCAUCAUCAAGUCUAAUAAGUCUUCUGCAUCUCGCAAGACCCUCACGGCUUUCCGUCAAGGCCGGAUCUCGGUCAUUGUGGCCACCGACCGUGCUUCUCGUGGUCUUGAUCUUCACUCUCUCACUCAUGUUGUCAAUUACGAUAUCCCAACAAGCAUUACUACAUAUGUUCAUCGUGUGGGUCGUACCGCACGUGCUGGUCGCGGGGGUUCAGCGUGGUCUUUAGUUGCUCAUCGCGAAGGUCGCUGGUUUGCCAACGAGAUUGCGGCUAGUGUCAAUGGCCGCAUUACACGUACCUCGAACAUUGAUCGUGUCCAGAUCAAGCCAGAUUCUCUCAGCUCGCUUAAGCCCCAGUACGCGAAGGCCUUGGACAAGCUGGAGAAGGAGGUUAAGCGUGGUUAG